AUGGGUGACGAAAGAACAAUUGAUGAUGCAGUGCAAAUGGGUAUAAACUUCCGUCUCUGUGGGCAGUCUCUCAAACUACACGGCUUAGGUUCAUGCCGAAGUAUCACUAUCAGAGGCUCGAAUAUAUUGGUCUCUCCGUUACGGCAUGUCGAAUGCGCAGAUACCAACACGCCCA